AUGGAUGGAGCCAACCUCUCUGUGGUGUCUGAGUUUGUGUUCCUGGGACUCUCUAACUCACGGGUGAUCCAGCUUCUUCUUUUCCUCUUUUCCUCUGUGUUCUACAUGGCAAGUCUGGUGGGAAACCUCCUCAUUGUGUUCUCUGUAACUUCUGACUCUAACUUACACUCCCCUAUGUAUUUCCUGCUGGCCAAUCUCUCCUUUCUUGACCUGGGAGUUUGCUCUAUUGCAGCCCCCAAAAUUAUUUAUGACCUUUUUAGAAAACAUAAAGCCAUCUCCUUUGGGGGCUGUAUAACUCAGAUCUUCUUUAUUCAUGCUGUUGGGGGCACAGAGAUGGUGCUGCUCAUAGCCAUGGCCUUUGACCGAUAUGUGGCCAUAUGUAAGCCCCUCCACUACCUGACCAUCAUGAACCCACAAAUGUGCAUUUAUUUUGCUGCUGCGUGGAUCCUUGGCCUCAUUCACUCAGUGGCCCAACUGGCUUUUGUCAUAGACUUGCCCUUCUGUGGCCCUAAUGUAUUGGACAGCUUUUACUGUGAUCUCCCUCAGCUCAUUAAACUUGCUUGUACAGAGACCAGUAGACUGGAGUUCAUGGUCACAGCCAACAGUGGACUCAUCUCUGUGGGGUCUUUCUCCAUAUUAAUUAUUUCUUACAUCUUCAUUCUGGUCACUGUUCAGAAACACUCUUCAGGUGGUUUAUCCAAGGCCCUCUCUACUUUGUCAGCUCAUGUCAGUGUGCUUGUUUUAUUUUUUGGACCAUUAAUUUUCUUCUACACCUGGCCCUUCCCCUCAUCACAUUUGGACAAAUUUCUUGCUAUCUUUGAUGCAGUUCUCACUCCUUUUCUGAAUCCAGUCAUCUAUGCAUUCAGGAACAAGGAGAUGAAGGCAGCAAUGAAGAAACUUUGCCAUCAACUUGUGAGUUACAGGAAGGUGUCCUAG